UGGGCUCCCAGGGAAAGACGGAUGGGGGUUGAGGAAAAACCGCUGAAGCGCAAAGACAUCCAGCGAACAUGAUCCCCAGCAACUUGACCUGCAAGAAUACCUUUUUCGACAUCCCAGAGGAGACGGAUGUGCCGGAAGGCCCGGCGACCUGGCCGAAGACGAGCUGGUGGCGCUCAUCCAGUAGCAGGGUCGCGGAAUGGCUGGACUCGCAGGUCUACACCUUGAGUGAGCCCGAGCCGUCGAUGCUCAGCUCGCCCGAAGUCUGGCCCUACGCGGAAGCCCUCGGAGCGCUGCCGGCGCCGCCCAUGGGCAGUCCCAUGCCGCCGUCCCCGGACUUCUUCGAGCGCCGGGGCUUCGACGCCCGCUUCACCUUUGGCGCCCACCUGGUGGGCCGGACGUCGCCCGGCAUGACCACCAUCAGCGAGUCCACCGACGGGCCCGGCGAGGGGUGCACACCCAGCCUCACGGAGAACAGCACGACGCCCUUGAGGCUGGGCUCGGAUUACUUCGACGAUACGCCCACACCCAGUCCGCUGGACAAGACCUAUGGCCAUUCUCCCAGCCACUUCGAAGGGCUGAUGAAGAAGGACCUCGCCCGCACAGACCCCGCGCCCACGCGGCCGCCCGAGCAGCCGCCCACGCUGCCGGCGAACUUGGUGUCCGCGCGGCCGGGGCCCCCGCCGGAGGCCCCGCCGGGGCGGCCGGCGGACGCCUCGGAGCGGACGCCGGAAGGUGCACCGGGUUUGGGCGAUCCGAACGACCCGGAUCCCUUUCGCAUGUCCUGGGCGCGGCUCAAGCCGCCGCUGCUCUCCACCUCGGCAGCGAUGAUCCCUACAACUCCAUGCCUUCGGCAGCCUUUAUCGACCUGGGCCUCCUCGAACGACAGCCCCCACGCCCGCAGCCGUGAGCCAGGAACUGCAGCGCCACGCCGAGGCCGGGAUGGGCCGGAGGACGUCGAUGGGAGGCUCUACUUCGCCCUUUGGAUGGGAAUUUGGGACGUGUUGAGAUGGAUUGGAUUGUGGCGUGCCAGGUGCCAAUCCGCCGGGACAGCGGUGGCGGAGACGGGACAUCGGUGCCGGCCCAUCCGCGCUCCGAGCGCUGGCGACGUCGGUCGACCGCCCCCGCGCAGCGAGCUGCGCCGGUCAUGUGUCCCGCUCCAGGCUGAGAAUGGAUGGGUUUGUCAAGAUGCCAGCUCCAGCUGCCCGAAAGGCUUUGUCCCUCGGACGUCAGUCUCCAAGCAGCAGCCCGUCCUGCACCGCGACGCUUUGGAAGGGGGAGAAGAUCUAUCUCAGAAGAUGGAAGCCGAGUCCUCUCUCGCAGGCACGCCCCAGAAAGAGACGGAGGGGACGGACGAGGAAAGGUCGCCAGUUUCACCAGAUGAUGACCUGGAUCUUGCCAAGAGCCACAGCGACCCCAACCUUCUCCAGGACCUUGAUACGAGCAUGGACGGGGUGGUGAAGAAGACCUCGUCCCGGCACAGCGCCACAGCGAGCGACGGCACGGCGAGCUGGGCCGGCAGUGCGGUGUCCGAAACCUCCAGAGGCAGCAAAGAGGAAAAGAAGAAGAGCAGCAGCAAGAAGAAGGUCAAGAAGCCAGCGAGCUCGGAGCCCCAUAGGACCUCCACCAGCUCCGCCAGUGGAGCCGCAGCACCCGCCGGACCCGCCACGAAAGCGAUUUGCAUCUUUGACACGGGCAGCGAGCAGAAGACGUGCACCUUCUUCAAGAAGCCGCCGGGCUUUGCCAUCCGCUUCCCCGCGAUGACUGUGAGCAAGGUCACAGGCGCUCUGGCAAUGGAGAUGGGAAUUCAGGCAGGCUGGAAGUUAUUGGAGUGGGGCACUGCUGAGGAUGAGAUGCACUCCCUCGGAAACGGCGAAGAGAAAGGCGCGCUGCGGCAGAGCUACGUGUCGAUGAUCCAACAGCUGCCUCGAGAAAAGGAUCAAGAAGAAGGAUCGAAGGCAGGCUCUCCCACAGUGGGCAAAAGCCUAGCUGCAUCCGCUGUUUCGAUCCCCGGCAAGUGGGCUUACGACUUAGAGGUGGUGGUGAUCUCGGCGAAGGGCUUGCGCGAUGCGGACUGGAUGGGCUCCAGCGACCCCUAUUGUGUGGCGACGGUGCAGGGCAGGGGAAAGACCACCUUCAAGACCAAGGUGCUGAAGGCCACCAAGGAUCCCGUUUGGAACGAGAAGAGCAAAGUGCAGGACUUCCACGACGGCGAUCAGAUUUUCUUCGAGCUCUUUGACCAAGAUGGCAUGGGGAAGCACGACAAGCUUGGUCAUGCUGCUGUCGGCUGGGAGGAGUUGCAAGAUGACUCGGCACCUUUGAAGACCACCCUGGUGUUGGACGAAUCCGGGAAGAAGGAGAAUAACCCCGCCACGCUGGAUGUGAAGAUCACCGUGAUGAAAAGGAAAUUGGAGAUGAUUGCGCCACCGACUGGGCAGAACAACAUCUACCGAGUCUUUGUCGACAUCAAAUGCGCUCGUGGGUUGCGAGAUGCUGACUCUUUCUUUGGUGGUGGAGGCUCGGACCCCUACUGCGUGUGCAGCGUCGUGGGGACCGGGAAGUCCAAGUUCAAGACCAGGACCAUCGACAACAAGACCGAUCCUCAAUGGAAUGAGAGUGGCGUGCUGCCCGACUUCCACAAGGGGGACAAGCUGCUGCUUGAGGUGUACGACAAGGACAUCGGGAAGAAAGAUGACUUCUUGGGGAAGUGUGAGAUUGCUGCUGCCAAGGCCCUUACAGGCUUCAAGGAAACGGAGUUCAAGCUCACG